AUGAGCGAACAAAGCCACAUUGCCCCACUAUCCACGACUACUCCACAAGGAAGGAUUGAAGAAGUGAUGAAAGAUACAAUAGAAAGACUUUACAAGUUGUUCAACUGGCUGGGAAAUGAGGAUGUCCAGGGUCUAUGGAACCAGCUGAACCCGGUGUUUGAAGACCCCACUUUCUCCGGAGAUGAAUUUAAAGCUUGCCUAGAUCAGUGGGAGGAGCAUAGGACCAACGAUGUAUCAGGGGGCUCUAAAAAACCAUUGCUAAAGACAUCAAAUGGUAAUGGGCGCGUUUCCUCGGUUACUGAAUCCUCGGCGCUGGCCUAUUAUUCCAUCUACGGCAUUAACAGCAACAAAAUUCCCGAAGGUUGGACCUCCCUACAAUGGUGCAUAUUCGCAACUGUCGGGUGGCCUUACGAACUACUUAUCUACCAAAAACGGGUCGAAAACCUGAUGGACCAGUUAAUCGAAUCGCAAGCCCGAGCACUAGCAAGGGGUUUAAAGCAGGCCGACCCAUCGCGUCUCUCAGAAGCGCUCAAGUCCUUGGUCAAAGAAAAAGUGAAAAGGCAAGACGCAGAUUUACGUGAAUGUUUGAACUGCAUGACAAAUGGGAACGAGGAGCAGGCUCUCUUUCGAGCUUUUACGAUGGGUCCGUUCGAAAAUACGGUUUUACCGCUUGCGACGUUCACACUUGAGCGCGCACUUGGGAUGAUGAGGAAAGCUGUGGUUGACAUUAUAGAUGCUCGAGAGUUCAUGCCUUUCAUUUUUACAAUGAUGGGUUUGAGAGCUUUGAUCGUGGCGAGGAUCAAAAUCCUGCAAGGUCCCAUUUUCUUUUACUUUGCCAGUAGCUCGCUCGCUUAUUUCCAAUUUGCAGCUAAAUUCAAGAUGGCAAAACUCAACGUCUCUGGUACACUCCCUGGUCUUAUUUACUUUACGCACCAGCUGAACGGAUUCCAGAUGCCAUGCAAAACCACCACAAUGGCCUUUUCCGUUUUUGCUAUCGUGAAUUCGUAUUUUCACCCAGAUUUUUCGGAGUUUGCGUUGGAAUACGUGACUUGGAGCGACCACUUGAAAUCUCAUCCCGAGAAAGAGGGCUUGGAUUCUGUUCCUGCAGCGCUUAACACCGCUGAAGAUGCUUCCUUGAAUGCCAGUGAUGGAUUCCCUGAGAGGGGCUCGGUCGCUUUUCCAUUCCAUUCAUCACGGAAGAACGAUCUCGACCUCUGCUCUGAAUGUUAUAAACUGCCUCUGGACGAGGCAAAGCUCAGCGGACACACCGCCGCGCAUGUGCUGGUGAAAUAUGUCUUGAACUUCCCGACGCCAUAUCGUGAGUGGAUGACCGCGCUUGUGAAGAAGCGCUUGGAGUUUUUCAAAGACAGUACCACCCGUUCUAAGGACGCGCCCAUUUGUUCCGAGUGUGGAGAGGUAAUCCCCGACGGCAGCGUUUUCUUCGUCUGCGUGGAUGUCUGCUGCCUUGCCUAUGCCCCUCGUGUGAAUCAAACGCCUCAGAACGGUUUUUCAGAACGGACAAUACGGUAA